AGUUGCUCGCAGCCCGAGGGGGUCUGGGAUCCCAGGGCCCCGCCCCCGCCGCGCCCGGCGGGGACGAUGGCGGUCUCCACGGCCAGCCGCACCUGGCGCACGCCGCGCGCGCUGCCGGGCGCCGGCCGCGAGGGGCCCUCGGGCCUCGCGGCCUCGGGCCAGGCGAGCCUGGCGCGGCCCCGGCGGGUCGCGGCGCCGAGGGCCCUGCACGAGCGGCGGCCCGUCCACGCGGACGAGCGCUGCUGCCACGCCCGUAACCUGCUGGGCGAGCCUGGCGAGCGGGCGCCGCUGCUGACGCGGCCGCGGGGGGGCUGCUGCUGGGGCGCGUGCGGCGGUGCGCUGCGGGUGCUGGGCGACUGCCGCGGCAGGCACACGUGCCGCACCGACAGCGGCUCGCCCGUGCUCCUGAACGAUUCCAUGAGCUGCCUGCAGCUCUCGGGCGCGUUCCCGGGCUGCUGCGGCGUGGGGCGGCGGGGGCUGACGCCGGCCGCGCUGAACCGCGUUCUCUUCGAGCUGCGCACCGACGCCUCCUCGCCGCGGCACGUCGCGCAGGUCGGGCUGGCGAGGCUCGGCGAGGAGGAGGAGGUCGCCGCCGCCGGCCUGCUCGACGAGCACACGCCGCUGCUCGCGGCGCUGCUCUGCGCCGGCUCCGGCGAGGUGCAGAGCACCGGCGGGCCGCUGGAGGUGCUGGCGCCCGGCGCGGGGAGCCCGGGGCUGGUGCAGCGCCUCGAGGACUGGUGCAGCGGCGGGCAGCCGUGGCUGCUCGGGGACAGCCUGUCGGCCACGGUGCUCCUCGAGGUGGACCUGCGCCCGGGCGCGGGCAGCCUGGCCAUCUCCGUGGGGAGCGGGCGCUCCGCCGCGCCCGCGGUGGUGGCCGCGCCCAUGCUGCUGGCCGAGGGGCCGCCCUGGCUGCCGGCGGUGUGCCUCACCGCCGAGGGGCAGGAUCCUCGAGGCCCGGAUCCUGGACUUCCACGUCUCCGUGGACCUGUAGCGGCCUGCGCCCCGGCCAUGCCGGGUGCCCCGCGUUGUUUUUUUAUUGUUCACCGAGCGCGUUCCACCACUCGCAGUGUGCCUAUUCGCAAACAUCCCCCGCUGCGAAGCCAGGCCAUUUGCCAGUGUGCCUGUUCUGCAAGUAGUGGAAAGCGCUUGUCUAUGAAGCCUUGAGAGCCAGGAGGGCCCUGCGCGCGGCGGGCCCCCCCCCCCCCACAGGGCGCGUUCACGGGGCCGAACGGGCCCCGCGCGCGCCCGCUGCAUCCGCGGCCGCGCGGGACUGCAGGGAGAGCGGAAAGGGCGCGUGAGCGCCAGGAGGAGGGGAAGGA